AGGAUGAGCGAUGGUGCCCUCCUGGGGCCCUGGCCGCGCCCGGGGGGGACGGCGACGUGGUCCUCCUCCCGUCGCGUCCUGGUGGCGCACUGGCGCGCCGGCCUGGUGGCGCUGCGGCUCGGGGGGGUCCUCGGCUGCAGCGGCUGGCCGCCGCGCUGGUCGCGCCGGUGGACACGCUACGGCUGCGCGACCCUGGUGGCGUUCACCGCGGCCAGAGUCGCGCUCUUCACCCGUCAGUUCUUCGUCAUGUUCAAGCCUCAGUUCGAGAGAGGGCGGGAAAGUUCGUAUCCCGACGAAAUUGCGUACAUCUUCUGGCUCGGCACCUUCAACCUGUGCAUAAAGGGCCUCACCAUCAUUCUGACUCAGGUGGUCAUGUUGCUCUGUUCUCGCAACGUGGGUCUGCUCGUCAGGGCCGUGUUCCUCUACCUACACUCCUUCCCGGGCCCGCGGAACAAGAACGCGAGCAGGCGCGCCGUCGUUGCGUGGUUCGGAGCCAACUUCACCUUCACGGCUGCUUACUGCCUCAGUUAUACCAACGUCUACCUAGACAACUGGGAACGUGCAUUCUAUGUUCUGAACGACGUGCUGCCGGACGUGCUCAUCGGUGCGACACGGGACUCGUUCUUGCACCUCGUGUCGGCCAACGUCGACUUGUUGGCGGCCAUCGCCGACGGCGUGCACAACCACGUCGCCUCGCUGCCACACCUGCAGGGUCAUCGGGGACCCCCCGCGGGAGCUCCCGGCAGUGUCUUCCGGCAGCGCCUUCGCAGUGCCCGGGAAGGAGGUCCGAUGACCCUGCAGGACCUGCAGUUUGGAUCUGUUGCUCCGAGCGCGUCUUGCUCCUCGUCGUGCCCCGAGCACUGCGCCAGGCGCGUCAGCGCCGCGCUCGAGCAGGGCGACGACGACCUGCUGCACGGCCUGCGCGCGCUCCGGGUGCGCUACCAGAGCGUCCAGGACGUGGUGCGGGCCACCAACCGGGCCUACGGGGGGUUCAACCUGCUCACCAGCACGACCGCGCUGAUCGACGGGGUGGUGUUCCUGUACUCCGGGGUGAUGCUCGCCAUCGCGUUCGCCGGGGUGCUGGGCGACUACAAGGACCCGCUCCCCUUUAACGCGUUCGAUGCCGCCUACUGCCUGGCGUUUGGCGCAUUGCAGGCCGCCAGGCUUCUGUUCAUGUGCGCCAUCGGGGAACAGAUGAGUUCGGAGAGUUUUAGGAUUUCGAGCGCCUUGCAGACGGGGUUGGCUCGUCAUCCAGGCAUAGACCUCCGGAUCGAGCGAGAGAUUCAAAGGUUUAUCCACCAGACUCAGAUGCAGGAAAUUCGAUUUGGAGCGUUCGACCUCUUAUAUUUCGAUUUGAAAACCAUGAAGAGAAUCAUAGCCGCCAUCAUGACAAAUAUCGUCAUUUUAGUACAAUUUUCUGCAAUUUCAGCUGAAGGCAAACACAGAGAGCAAAUAGUUUAAAACUGCAUAGUGUAAUUUGGUUGCGCCCAAUCAGCCAUUUUUAAACAAAACUAAUAUCAAAAGAAGCAACCUGUCUAUCGAUCGUGCCGCUCGGUGCAUACCCCCUUCUCUCAACGUUAAAGUAGUAGUUUUAGAAGUUCCCCGAGACUGCGUCCCCCGCACGGCACAGUUACCCCCCCCCCCCACCUCCCACAUUCCCAUCUCCCCUCUAUCACAGGGUACACACAAGGCGCACUUUUGAAUCUCCCGCCCCGGUCGGCUCGCCGCCCGUGGAGCGGGGGGUAGGCAGACCCGCGAGACGCCCGAGCGCAACGGGCUGCCUGCGCCGCCCGCGACGCGUCCCCACCCUUCGCUCCCCCGCCUGCCUCGUACGUCUCGAGCGGGUUGCUCGGAAAUGAUUUGUGUGCAGGGAGAAAUAAUGCCCAAAGUGACGGCUCGUCCCUCUUCAUCACGAGCCUGCCCAAGCGACCGCAGGCCGCACCUGCAUGGCUCGAGCAUCCAGCGCAGGUUGGCGCCCCCUCUCUGGACGGAUCGCAUCCCUCGAACAACCGAGGCGGGAUUGCCUAUACCCCCCCAGGCGUCCUCGGCAACAACUCUUCCCUGAGGUCCCCCAUCAUAGAGUCCUAGGACUCUAGUUCCCCACUGCGGCCACACACUGUUAAAAAUUCUUGUAUGGAUACGACAAACUUUCUUACAACUUGUCCGUUCAAGAUCAACAUUAUUUGUUUUCAUUAAGAACGAUUAAAAUUUGCAA